UGGUACUACCUGUGUUGUCACGGACACCACAAGGGUACAGAGACAAAGAAACCUGGAGCAGCUUGUUCCUGCAGUCUGGGCGGGGCCACCACUGUGACCGUUCCUAGAAGCCACACCUUCCACUCCUUAUCCAAUCAGAGCCCUGACCACACCCAGGAGGAGGAAGGGUCACCGCGGCAACGGCGCAUCACAGUUGCAUCAUUCAUGCCACAGUCUAAUGACCAGAAUGGAAGCUUCCCAGCGAAGGAUUUUGACAGACAAGGGGGAAAACCUCUAGGAGAAUUGAACACAGAAGAAGUCUGCCAGUGGUUCAGCAGUAUUGGCCUUCAGAAAAGCCUCCAGUUCAUCAGAGAGGCAGAGCUGUGUGGGGCUGAUAUAGCCUCCAUAGACCUCACCACCCUCGAUGUCCUUCACAUCUCCAGCCUGCAGGAGAGAGAGCAGCUUUUGUCAGCCGUCUACAGAGAACUGCACCCACCAUCCAUGACCUCACAGAGACUGGACUUACUACUGGAAACCUCGGAUCCUAACGACGUAGAGAAAUUCACAGCAGCGUUAGUGAAUAUGAGCAAAUCAAAGUCCUCUCUGCAAAAAAGCUGCCUCAACAUGAAUCCGAUGAAUUCCUUCAAGUUCAGCCCGAUGGUCCAGAGGAACUCUCAGCUGAUGGAGUUCACCAUAAAUGGUUCUUCAGAGGAGCUGAUACCAGACCAACAUGGAUCUGAUCUGGUGAUCUCCGAGAACCAUCAACUAGAGCUGCAGCUGUGCAAAAAAUCUAAAAGUGUAAGCAAGGCCCCAACCCCUGGUGUUAAUGGUUACCAUGACAACGGACAUGUCAGUCAGAACCGCCAGAUACAGCCGAUACAGGUGGUCAGCCUGCCAGGUAAAGAGGAAAAGAUCCGGGAGCUCAACCAACAGGUGGACUCUCUACAAAACGUUAUCCUACAGGUGCAGGAGAUCCACCACGGCCUGGUAGCGUUCUGUUCGGAGCUGAAGAGCAUGGGUGUAGAGGUGGACACGUCGGCCCUGAGCUUCCCUGAGCUGGAGCAGCGCCUGGGGCUGGCUAUGAGACUGCUCAGGGACAAGAGACACAGUCUAGAGAGCCUCAGAGAGACCAUAGGAGAUGCAGGCGCUCAAAGGAACAAGUAGGUGGCUGCUAUGUGUAGACGACAAAGCCUACUGUUCCCAUAAUGCAAUGCAGUACAGACAAUGCAUUGUUGUUGUUAGAACGUCUUUAAGAUAUACAGUAGGUGGUGUAAUAUCAGUCUUUCAGAUAUACAGUAGGUGGUGUAAUAUCAGUCUUUAAGAUAUACAGUAGGUGGUGUAAUUUCAGUCUUUCAGAUAUACAGUAGGUGGUGUAAUUUCAGUCUUUCAGAUAUACAGUAGGUGGUGUAAUAUCAGUCUUUCAGAUAUACAGUAGGUGGUGUAAUUUCAGUCUUUCAGAUAUACAGUAGGUGGUGUAAUAUCAGUCUUUCAGAUAUACAGUAGGUGGUGUAAUAUCAGUCUUUCAGAUAUACAGUAGGUGGUGUAAUAUCAGUCUUUAAGAUAUACAGUAGGUGGUGUAAUUUCAGUCUUUCAGAUAUACAGUUUCAACUGUCAGGACGACCUGACAUGAUGACUCCUUGCUGUCCCCAGUCCACCUGACUGUGCUGCUGCUCCAGUUUAAACUGUUCUGCCUUGUUAUUAUUCGACCAUGCUGGUCAUUUAUGAACAUUUGAACAUCUUGGCCAUGUUCUGUUAUAAUCUCUACCCGGCACAGCCAGAAGAGGACUGGCCACCCCACAUAGCCUGGUUCCUCUCUAGGUUUCUUCCUAGGUUUUGGCCUUUCUAGGGAGUUUUUCCUAGCCACCGUGCUUCUACACCUGCAUUGCUUGCUGUUUGGGGUUUUAGGCUGGGUUUCUGUACAGCACUUUGAGAUAUCAGCUGAUGUACGAAGGGCUAUAUAAAUAAAAUUUGAUUGAUUGAUUGAUUGAUUCUGGUGGUCAACCAAAGGAAAGCAGUUAAAAGAAGAAGCUCCUCACAACUUUCUCAUAGUUCAAAUCGACUCUCACUCAGUUACUGAUUCAGUCUCUCGCUCGCACACUGACUCACUAGUAACAUAAUAAUAUGUAAAUUAAUAUAUGCUAUUUAUUUAUGCAAUUCAUCCUUUACAGUUGGACUCGUGCUUUUGUUUAGGAAUACAGCAAAUCAUUUCACCAACCUGGCUGGUUAGUUUUAGUUUCUACUUUGCCAAAAGAAGCUAUGAAUGGACGUUAUGCAUCACUAGAACUCUAUUACGAUGCCUUUGUAAUGUUUUUAUUUUAAGGAAAACAAAAAGGCAAUAUGUCAAUGUUUUUAUUUUAAGGACUUUGUAGAAUUAUACUUUGUUAUUUUAAAUAUAUAUAUAUAUAUUUCUUCAUGCAAUUUAUAUUUUAAAAUAGUUUAUGCAGUAUUGGCGCUCAUGUUUGCUGCAUCUGAUGCAUAUGCUAAAGAAGACACCCUGCAACUCUGGUGGGUACUGAUAGGCUGAAAGGUCAGGUGGUUGAUAUGUUAAUGAGUACUGAUAGGCUAGGUGGUUGUUAUGUUAAUGAGUACUGAUAGGCUAGGUGGUUGUUAUGUUAAUGAGUACUGAUAGGCUAGGUGGUUGUUAUGUUAAUGAGUACUGAUAGGCUAGGUGGUUGUUAUGUUAAUGAGUACUGAUAGGCUAGGUGGUUGUUAUGUUAAUGAGUACUGAUAGGCUAGGUGGUUGUUAUGUUAAUGAGUACUGAUAGGCUGAAAGGUCAGGUGGUUGUUGUGUUAAUGAGUACUGAUAGGCUGAAAGGUCAGGUGGUUGUUAUGUUAAUGAGUACUGAUAGGCUGAAAGGUCAGGUGGUUGUUAUGUUAAUGAGUACUGAUAGGCUGAAAGGUCAGGUGGUUGUUAUGUUAAUGAGUACUGAUAGGCUGAAAGGUCAGGUGGUUGAUAUGUUAAUGAGUACUGAUAGGCUGAAAGGUCAGGUGGUUGAUAUGUUAAUGAGUACUGAUAGGCUGAAAGGUCAGGUGGUUGAUAUGUUAAUGAGUACUGAUAGGCUAGGUGGUUGUUAUGUUAAUGAGUACUGAUAGGCUGAAAGGUCAGGUGGUUGAUAUGUUAAUGAGUACUGAUAGGCUGAAAGGUCAGGUGGUUGUUAUGUUAAUGAGUACUGAUAGGCUGAAAGGUCAGGUGGUUGAUAUGUUAAUGAGUACUGAUAGGCUGAAAGGUCAGGUGGUUGUUAUGUUAAUGAGUACUGAUAGGCUGAAAGGUCAGGUGGUUGUUGUGUUAAUGAGUACUGAUAGGCUGAAAGGUCAGGUGGUUGAUAUGUUAAUGAGUACUGAUAGGCUGAAAGGUCAGGUGGUUGUUGUGUUAAUGAGUACUGAUAGGCUGAAAGGUCAGGUGGUUGUUGUGUUAAUGAGUACUGAUAGGCUGAAAGGUCAGGUGGUUGUUGUGUUAAUGAGUACUGAUAGGCUGAAAGGUCAGGUGGUUGAUAUGUUAAUGAGUACUGAUAGGCUGAAAGGUCAGGUGGUUGAUAUGUUAAUGAGAACUGAUAGGCUGAAAGGUCAGGUGGUUGUUGUGUUAGUGAGUACUGAUAGUCUCAUCGUUACAACAACUCCCGUACGGGCUCGGGAGAGACGAAGGUUGAAAGUCAUGCUUCCUCCGAUACACAACCCAAACAAGCCGCACUGCUUCUUAACACAGACACAUCCAGCCGCACCAACGUGUCGGCGGAAACACCGUGCACCUGACAACCUUGGUUAGGGUACCCGGCCCGCCACAGGAGUCGCUACCGGCCAAACCCUCCCUAACCCAGGCGACGCUAUGCCAAUUGUGCAUCACCCCACAGACCUCCCGAUCGCGGCCAGGUUACGACAAGGCCUGGGCGCGAACCCAGGGUCUCUGGUGGCACAGCUGGCGCUGCAGUACAGCGCCCUUAACCACUGCACCACCCGGGAGGCCCAGGUGGUUGUAGUGUCAAUUAGCUCAGGAACCACACCUGUGUGGAAGCUCAUGCUUUCAAUAUACUUUGUAUCCUUCAUUUAUUUGUGUUUCCAUUAUUACGGCAGCUCCCUGUAUGUUUCAUUGUAAGGUCUAUAACAUAUCUUUAUCUGUGUCAUGUGACCUUACAGGCCAUCAGAGGUUUGUCUUCUGGAUAAGAUGAAGUUGAACUGUCAGGUGUUCAAAGAAGAGAUCUCCCUGGUUUACCUCAACAGACAGGUGUCACGUCUACAAACAGCACUACAAGACAGUCUAGAAAAGGCUUGUGGAGGUGAAUGGGGUACCGGUGAACGAUGAUGGGGUACAGUGAAGAGGAGCUGAGCCCCCUCCUCCGCCAGGGACCAACUGCUCAGAUAAUCAUCCUGAGGAGACCUCCUCCCAGACCUCCUCCCAGACCUCCCCCUCCUUUGAAGCAACAUCCUCCAUUAGGAUCCACCUAGUACCACCAGGCAAUCCCAUCAAGCAUGACAUUGACACCCAAUAGACCACCAGGCUGAUCCCAUCUACCAUGAGAUUGACACCCCAUAGACACCAGGCUGAUCCCAUCUACCAUGAGAUUGACACCCCAUAGACACCAGGCUGAUCCCAUCUAUCUUUAAGCAUGACAGUGUAGUCCAGAACAGCACUGCCGCUCCCCGGCUCCAUGAGGUCUAAGUGCGUCAACCAACAAGCUGAGACCCACAACCUGGUAAACCCUGAGCCCCUCUCUAAUCUACCACCACAAUGAGCAUCAGGAACCUGAGGUCUCCACUGAGCCCCUCUCUACUCUACCACCACAAUGAGCAUCAGGAACCUGAGGUCUCCACUGAGUCUCUCUACUCUACCACCACAAUGAGCAUCAGGAACCUGGGGUCUCUACUGAGCCCCUCUCUACUCUGCAGACUGAGGUCUCUACUGAGCCCCUCUCUACUCUGGAGACUGAGGUCUCUACUGAGCCCCUCUCUACUCUGGAGACUGAGGUCUCUACUGAGCCCCUCUCUACUCUGGAGACUGAGGUCUCUACUGAGCCCCUCUCUACUCUGGAGACUGAGGUCUCUACUGAGCCCCUCUCUACUCUGGAGACUGAGGUCUCUACUGAGCCCCUCUCUACUCUGGAGACUGAGGUCUCUACUGAGCCCCUCUCUACUCUGGAGACUGAGGUCUCUACUGAGCCCCUCUCUACUCUGGAGACUGAGGUCUCUACUGAGCCCCUCUCUACUCUGGAGACUGAGGUCUCUACUGAGCCCCUCUCUACUCUGGAGACUGAGGUCUCUACUGAGCCCCUCUCUACUCUGGAGACUGAGGUCUCUACUGAGCCCCUCUCUACUCUGGAGACUGAGGUCUCUACUGAGCCCCUCUCUACUCUGGAGACUGAGGUCUCUACUGAGCCCCUCUCUACUCUGGAGACUGAGGUCUCUACUGAGCCCCUCUCUACUCUGGAGACUGAGGUCUCUACUGAGCCCCUCUCUACUCUGGAGACUGAGGUCUCUACUGAGCCCCUCUCUACUCUGGAGACUGAGGUCUCUACUGAGCCCCUCUCUACUCUGGAGACUGAGGUCUCUACUGAGCCCCUCUCUACUCUGGAGACUGAGGUCUCUACUGAGCCCCUCUCUACUCUGGAGACUGAGGUCUCUACUGAGCCCCUCUCUACUCUGGAGACUGAGGUCUCUACUGAGCCCCUCUCUACUCUGGAGACUGAGGUCUUUCCUGAGCCCCUCUCUACUCUGGAGACUGAGGUCUUUCCUGAGCCCCUCUCUACUCUGGAGACUGAGGUCUUUCCUGAGCCCCUCUCUACUCUGGAGACUGAGGUCUUUCCUGAGCCCCUCUCUACUCUGGAGACUGAGGUCUUUCCUGAGCCCCUCUCUACUCUGGAGACUGAGGUCUCUGGUCCAUAGUAAAGUACGCCUGUUCCAUUUGUUAGUCCCUGUAUGGUCCAUAGUAAAAAAAAAUACACCUGUAGAUCUGCUCGUAACAAGGACUCUGAAUCCACUAGAGAACAUAGUGUUAAUGUUUGUGAACUGUUUGCCCUGCUGAACGUACCGCAGAUAUGUUGUAAAGUAGAGAGAUGUUUUAGUUCAGAUGUUUCUGUUUCAUGUCAGUGUUAUACCUCUCUGAUUCUGAUCAGAAGUACAUCUUGUGUUUUAUUCAUCCUUCAUUUAACCAGGCGGUCAGAAGAUCUCUUCUCGGGGACCCAAGGGAGAACUUCCUGUCAACUGUCAACUUCAUUAUGGGUUUGUCUAAAUGAUAUGUUCCCAUUGAAACCCACAUGGACUCAACAUUUGGUUUAACACACAAACACACACACACACACACACACAAUCCUAAUGUCUUAUCCAUAUCGUCCAUUGGGAUGGGUGGAUCACAAAUGUAUACAAAUCAUAUUCCAUGUGGGGGAAAGAGAGAGUUUAUGUCCACUCAACCAUGUCGGUGAGUUAAACAUGAAUAAAUCAACGUUUAAACUAUAA